AUGCAGCGGCAGUUUUGGCUGGGGCAGCAAAGGAGCAAGACUAGACUCCUAUUAUUUAAAGUGCGGGUGCGCUACGACCCACAGAGGAGGUCUAAGAUUGGCCGCUUGGGAGUGGUAGUAGUUUUUUGGUCAGUUAGUUUUUAUGCUUUGGUGUUAUUGAGAGUAGCUUACCUGACUUUGUUUGAGCGUAAGAUUUUAGCUGCUUCUCAAGGGCGUAAGGGCCCCGAGAUGGUUGGGUGGUUUGGAAUUCUUCAGCCUUUUGCUGAUGGAAUUAAGCUCUUUAGCAAAGAGUACUUUACACCGCGUGUUUCCAAUCCAAUUUUGUUUUUUCUAGGUCCGUGUUUUAUGUUGUUUCAUUCUUUUGUUUUAUGGAGGUGUAGUUCUGGGAUUUGGGGGUGUGGAAUUUAUUUUUUUUGGGGGGGGUUGUAUGUUUUAAGUGUAUUGAGAGUGGGGGUAUACGGGGUGGUUUUGUGUGGUUGGUCGUCUAACUCAAAAUAUGCUAUGUUUGGUGCUGUGCGGGCUUUAGCUCAAGUGAUUUCUUAUGAAGUGAUGUUAGUUUUUUUGUAUUUAGGCCCCUUUUUUAUGUGCGGGAGACUUGAUUUUGUGGAUGUUGAUAGGUUUCAGGCUCGGGGCUCUAAUGGGGGAAUUUUGUUUUUGGCUUUUCCUUGGUGGGUUUUUUGUGUUUUAGCAGAGAGUAAUCGGGCUCCUUUUGAUUUCGUAGAGGGAGAGUCGGAGCUGGUUUCGGGGUUUAACGUGGAGUACGGAAGGGGGGGUUUUGCGAUAAUUUUCAUUGCUGAGUAUGCAAGUGUUAUUUUUCUAAGUAGCCUGACAGGGGUUCUAUUUUUAGGGGGAGGUAAUAUUUUAGGGGGAAUAGGUGGGUUAGGAUUCUUGGGGGGGGGUUUGAUGAGGUCUCUUAUGAGAUUUUUGGUAGUUUUAUUGAUUGUUUUGUGUCGGAGUAGAUUUCCCCGGUACCGAUAUGAUUUAUUAAUGGGGUUUGUGUGGCGGCGGGUUUUGCCUGUUUUAAUAGGUGCUUUUGCUUUAUUUAUUAUUUUGGUUUAGAAGGGAUAUAUUGGGUUGGGAUAACUUUUGCUGAAUAGUUGAUAGGUUAGUUGUAGGGUUGAGUGAAUCAUCUUUAAUUGUCUUAGUAGGGGUGACUGAAACAGACAGGGUUUGAGCGAUAGAAUAAGUGUAACGUGAGUGAAUGAACAGAUUAACAGGUAGGUACCAGUGAUGGGAUCAUGUACCUUUUGCAUCAUGGCCUUAUUACUUUUUAUUCUUAGGGAAUAGCCCGAAAAUUCUGCGAUCUACUUUCUCGCUAGGGGUUGGCGUAAGAUAGCUAUCCGGAGACGGGAAGAUAGUGGCGAAAUACUUUUCGCGCGGGUUGAUAGCUGGUUGCCCUAGAAAUACAUAUAAGUGUAGCUCUAUGGAGAACGUACUUUAAGGAUAAGGGUUUUCUAGGAAGCUAAAUAAGAGAUAUCAGUUUAGUGGAGUUGAAGUGAAGCGUUUUUAAAAGAAGUGAGGUUUUUCAGGAUAAGCUGAGAGACCUAGUGUAAAAGGAAGUUAUUGAAGAGUGGGGGUUUAAGUGGGCUUGAAGAAGCUAUCUUUUUGGAGUGGGUUAAGCCUCAGAGUUUCCCUGGAUUAAAAUAGAAGUUUUAAUUCCUUUUUUGUUUAUGGGGUCUUUUUACUGGACAGGUGUAGUAAAAGUGAUAAUGUAGGGAUGAGUAGUCGGAGUGAUGUAGUUGUUUUUAAUCCAGGAAGUAAAGCAGUGUUGAAUAGCAACUAUAUUGGUAAACAAAGCUAAAGGAACUCGGCAAAAAAAGGGACCGCCUGUUUAACAAAAACAUGGCUUUCUGAUUAACAUGGGGGGUCGUGCCUUCCCGGUGAGCUUUCGGGCUUAAACGGACGCGGUAAAUCGUGCUAAGGUAGCUAAAUUAUGGCCUAUUAAUUGUAGGUCCUGUGAAUGGUCUGACGAGUCUUUAACUGUCUCUAGUUUGUUUUGGUGAAAUUGAAUUGGAUGUGCAAAUGCUUCCAUAGGUGAGAAAGACGAGAAGACCCCGUGAAGUUAGAAAUUUAAGUUGUAAGCGUUAUUCCCCUUAGUUUUUACUGUUUUUUAGAAUAACAGGUUAAUUUAAGUUUUCAUGUUAAUUCAAGUAGAGGGAUGCAGCGGCAGUUUUGGCUGGGGCAGCAAAGGAGCAAGACUAGACUCCUAUUAUUUAAAGUGCGGGUGCGCUACGACCCACAGAGGUAUGCAUUUGUGAUUAGCAGAAGAAGUUACUCCGGGGAUAACAGCGUUAUCCGCCCUGAUAGUUCUUAUAGAUGGGCGGGUUUGCGACCUCGAUGUUGGCUCUGGGUAUCCUAAGGCUUGCAGGCGGUCUUAAGGGUUGGUUCGUUCGCCCAUGAAAACCCGACGUGAGCUGAGUUCAGAUCGGCGAAAGUUAGGUCGGUUUCUAUCUUCUUUCUACUGAGUUUAGGCUUUAGGGUACGAAAGGACAUUUAGCUUUAGGUUUCAGUCUAUUAAGGUUGUAGUUAAAAUAAAAUAAAUUUGAGUUUAGUUUGGGUGAA